AUGGCGAUGAUGACGCCAACUGACACGGUGGACUGUGCAGAACGCGAGUUGUGCCUCAUGGCUCUGAGAAAGUUAUCUCUGGUAGUUUUCGUUGUCCUGUUUGCUUCCUACCAUCCAUCCGCAGCAGUUAAAAGAGUUAAUGACACGGUUCUGAUGUUGAGGAAAUAUAAAGGAUGUUAUUUUCCCCAGUUUACUGGGUCUGGGAGAGUAAAAGAUCUAAAUGGACAGAUAACGUUACAUAAAUGUUUGCAGUUAUGCAAAGAAUACAGCUACUACGGCAUGGAGGAAGGUAGAACAUGCCAUUGUGAGAAAAAACUUGACAUUUAUUCCCGAGUCGAAGAAGAUGAAUGCGAUAGACUCUGCCCCAAUGGCUACCCAUGUGGCGGCUCGAUUUUCGUUUCUUUUUACGAAAGCAGGUAUGUCAUUCAAGUCGGAUGUUUUGAAAAGGUGGCAUUUGAAUCGAAAAUAAAUAUUCCAGGGGUACGUGAUCUUGACAUAUGUCUAAAUGUAUGUCAAGAAAUAAAAAAGUACAGUGCCUUCGCUGUUAGUUAUUAA